AUGCUUAAAUCGGUUAUAUCCUUACUAGUCACCUCGGUGAUGGUUUCAAAUGCCAUCGAUUGCUCUGUCAAAGAGCUUCAACCAUACAAUCUCGAAAGCAUCAAAGGAACCCAUUCGUUCUCAACAAUUAAAACCACACCACCAACUAAAACCAACAUUACAUGGACAUUGGGUAUAUGUGAAGUUAUAUCUAGUGACAAAAAGAGUGAUUUACAAAAAUGCCCUCAAAACUCCGACAUAUGUGGAAUAACGUCGAUUUUGCGUGAUAAUGAAGACCCCAUUAUAUCGGAAAUAAUUGGAUUCAAUUCUAAUCUUCAAAAACUGUUUGAUCCAUUGGGAGAUGAAGGUGCAGGUGGAAUCAAGAUUAGAUACUCUGGAGUCAAUUGGGGCGAUUCUCUAAUUGAUGCUGAGGUUAGUUUUGUUUGUGAUGAAUCGGUAAAGGAAAGCCACAAGUUUGAAUUGGAUGGAUGGAAUGGAGAAGUUUUGAAAGUUUCCAUGAAGUCCAAAGCUGCUUGUAUAACCAGUGACAGCGAUAAGAAGAAAAACAAUGAUAAGAACAAGAACUCGGAUAAGAAAAAAGGUGAUAAUGGUGAGUCAUGGGGGUGGUUUACUUGGAUAUUCAUCUUUUUGGUGUUGUUUUUGAGUAUUUAUAUUAUUGGUGGUGCUUGGUUCCAAUACAACAAAGGUAAUGCCAUUGAUUUCCAAAGUGCACUCAAAGAGGUUCUUGAAAACUUUUUCACAUUGUUGCAGGGUUUGCCUAAUUUUAUUCGAGAAAUUCUUGAAAAGGUUGUUGGUAGAAGCAACAGCAGGGGUGACUAUAGUGCUGUAUAA